ACUCUACACUCGUAUCGAGCACGUGCAUGCGCUCAUCUUGCCUCGCAACUUCAAACACAAUGCACGUCUUGGUUGUUGGGGCGGGUGUUGGCGGACUCAGCCUGGCCCAGACGCUGCGAAAACAGGACAUAUCCUUUGAGAUAUUCGAACGCGACGACCAUGCAGACGCCCGUUUCCAAGGAUGGGCCAUCGCCAUGCAUUCAAUUGUCGAGUCACUGCUGUCGACAUUUCCGUCCGACAUGCCUGACCUCAGGGCUUCCACCAACCAUCUACUGCCUCUAAACCUUCCUGCCCAGCUAGCUUUAUAUACACCCGGCCGGGAGGACCGUUGGGGCUUCCAGGAUUCUCCCAGGUUUCCCUUCAUUCGCGCGGAGCGGCGUCGUCUUCGUAAUUGGCUGUCGACCAGUAUCCCCGUGCAGUGGGGCAAGCAUGUCCAGCGCAUCGAGCACGACGACCACGGGGUUUCCGUAUACUUCCAGGACGGCAGCAGUGCCAAGGGCGACAUUCUGAUAGGUGCAGACGGCAUCAACAGCGUGGUACGCGAGCAUCUCCUGGGCCGUCCCGCCGCGGACCUGUUGGCCGUCGUGCCGCUCGCGACUGUCGUGGGCCAACUCGAGCUAUCAGGCGAGGCGCUGAGGAGGCAGCUGGCUCUCGGCCACAGCGGCUACAUGCUAAUCCGCCCAGACCUGGGCUUUAUUGGCUUUGCGGGCCUGCACUAUGUGAAUCCGGAUGGGCUCUCGGCCCGCUACUACUGGAACUUCCUCCAGUCCGACGAGGAUGUUGCGAGGCCCGACCACUGGCUGAAGACGGCUGGCCGGCAGGAGAAGCUCGACCAUGUUCUGCGCUCCAUCCAGGCUCUGCCGCCCAAGUUUCGCGAGAUCUUCGAGAUGACCCGCCCCGAGCAGAUCCGCGAUGAGACCCACGUCUGGAGGGACCUCGAGCUCGACCGCAAGGGCGGGCUGCCGGCUGGCCGGGUCAUCUUGAUGGGGGAUGCAGCGCACGCCAUGACCCCUUUCCGCGGCGAGGGCGGCUAUCAUACGCUUGUCGACUCGAUUGUCCUGAGCAAGGUGCUCGGUGAUUUGCACGGGACCAGCGGCUUCAGAGACAUCGCCACGGUAAAGCAGGCCGUAGCUGACUACAACAGUGCUAUGCUGAAGAGGGCCGGACAGGCGGUGCGCGACUCGAGGAACCUUCAUACCGACGCCCAACGGUUCGGGCCCGAUGGAAAGCCUCUGGUGCUGGAUAUUGUGCCUUUACCAGAUGUGGAGAUCAAGCUGGGACGGGAGUAAAACUUUGGAGAAUAGAUUGAUUCCCAAGUUAGUUUUAGGUGCCGUAGAAUUUGACUCAAGUAUCUCCA